CUCUCUUUAGAUCUGCUUGCUUUUUUAGGUCCCAUUUAUAUAAAAUCCACCGCUCCAGCUUAACGUUCGCGUCUUCUUCUUCUUCUUUCUUUGCUUUCUCUCUGAGUCGAACUCGUUCCGUUUCGACAGAGCCAACUCGUACGGAGGAUCACCUUCCGAAAAAAUCGUUACUGGAUUGAUCAUUUCCUCUGCAUUGGACUAAAGGAGUGUUGUAAUAUGGCUGGUUUCCGGCGAGAUUGGCCGGAGCAACGGUGAGUAACUCUGUUUCGCCGGCGAUCAAUACUCGGAUGCGGAGAUGUUUAGAUCAAGUAGAUGGAGGAACGAGAAGAACAGGAUCAAAGUCGUCUUCAGGUUGAAGUUUCAUGCGACUCAGGCUUUUGAGUUCAAUACAGAGGGAUUGACUCUGUCUCUUGUUCCCGGAGAUGUUGGAAAACCGACGGCGAGGUCAGAGAAAGCUGUGGUGAGCGACGGGCAAUGCCGGUGGGAGAUUCCGGUUUACGAGACUGUGAAAUUCCUCAAGGAUGCCAAAACCGGGAAAGUUAACCAGAUGAUUUAUCAUCUCAUUGUAUCAACGACGGGAACUACAAGAGCUGGUUUGGUUGGAGAAACUUCAAUUGAUUUUGCUGAUUACGCUGAUGCAGUUAAAACGUGUAACGUCUGUCUUCCACUGCAGAGCUCAAACUCAAAAGCAUUGUUGCAUGGACAAGAUUUGAGGUCACAUUUGAGACUCGAUGAUGAAACUCGUGCAAGUGAUUCGCAUGAGGAAGGACCGUUCGGUAAAGCUGCCCGGUUUGCUGAACUGAGACGAAGAGCGUCGAUAGAAUCUGAUAGCACCAUGUCAAGCUCUGAAGGUGUCUUUGAGCCAACGACUCCUGAAGAAGUUGCCAAGUCUUUGAGACACCCUCCUAAGCGUCUUCACGCAGCUAAAAACUUGUUUGAAGAGCCUCCUCGUGUAUCAGAAUCCGAGUGGUCGGGAAGUUCUGAUCAUGGAGUUAGUAGUACUGAUGACUCGACCAAUGAUACAGUCGCGAGAAACUCUUCUGACAUGGAGGAGGUAGAGAAGCUUAGAAACGAGCUUGCUGGUUUCACGAGGCAAGCGGAUCUUUCGGAGCUGGAGCUGCAGAGCCUGAGGAAGCAGAUCGUCAAAGAGACCAAAAGGAGUCAGGAUCUGCUCAGGGAAGUGAACAGCUUGAAGCAGGAGAGAGACUCGUUGAAGGAAGACUGCGAGAGACAUAAAGUAUCUGACAAGAAGAUAGGAGAGAGUAAGAUGAGGAACAGGUUGCAGUUUGAAGGAAGGGAUCCAUGGGUUCUUUUGGAGGAGACAAGAGAGGAGCUUGAUUAUGAGAAGGAUCGGAAUUUCAAUCUCCGGUUACAGCUCCAGAAGACGCAAGAAUCGAACUCCGAGUUGAUUCUUGCUGUUCAAGAUCUCGAAGCAAUGCUGGAGGAAAGGAGUAAAAAAGAAGCUGCCUGUGACAGCAUUGAAGAAUCAAGGAGAAGGUCAUGUGGAAGUGAGACAGAUGAAGACGAGGAUCAAAAGGCGCUUGAGGACAUCGUGAAGGGACACAUGGAUGCGAAAGAUACACACGUCUUGGAGCAGAAGAUCACAGAUCUCUAUAACGAGAUCGAGAUAUAUAAACGUGACAAAGAUGAGCUUGAGAUACAGAUGGAACAGCUUGCUCUGGAUUAUGAGAUACUGAAACAGGAGCAUCACGAUGUCUCAUGCAAGCUAGAGCAGAGCCAACUUCAAGAACAGUUGAAGAUGCAGUACGAAUGCUCAUCUUCUCUUGUGGAUGUGACAGAGCUUGAAAGCCAAGUGGAGAGCCUUGAAGCUGAGCUCAAGAAACAAUCCGAAGAGUCUUCCGAGUCUUUGUGUCGGAUCAAAGAGCUUGAAACACAAAUGGAGAACUUAGAAGAGGAGAUGGAGAAGCAAGCUCAGGCGUUUGAGGCAGACAUCGAUGCUGUCACGCGAGGUAAAGUGGAGCAAGAGCAAAGAGCUAUACAGGCCGAAGAAGCCCUGAGGAAGACGAGGUGGAAGAACGCUAGUGUUGCCGGAAAACUCCAGGAUGAGUUCAAGAGACUCUCUGAGCAGAUGGAUUCAAUGUUUGCAUCAAAUGAAAAAUUGGCUAUGAAAGCCAUGACGGAAGCUAACGAGCUACUGAUGCAGAAACGUCAGCUAGAAGAAAUGCUCAAGAACGCAAACGAUGACCUCCGAGCAAACCAAGCCGAGUACGAGGCAAAGCUCAACGAGCUAACGAGUCAGAUGGAGAGGAUGUUAGAGAAUCUUGAUGAGAAAUCCAAUGAUGUAGAGACUCACAAGAGGCGCGAAGAAGAUGCUACUACAAAAUUACACCAAGAGAUCACAAUCCUGAAAGAUGAGAUUGAGAGCCUGAAGAAGGACAAAAGUAGGCUCAUGUUACAGACAGAGAACCUAAGAGCUGAGCUGGAAGAGACAAGAAUAUCAGUUAUGGAAGCUGAAGCUUCAGUACAGAGAGAGACCACGAGGAGAAACGAGCUAGAGAUCACGAUUGCAUCAUUGAGGCAAGAAUCAGAGUCUAUAGCAGAGGAGUUACGAGGGAUGAAGCUUAUCAAGGAAGAAAAAGAAGCAGCAAUCACAAACUUACAAACAGAGCUAGAAACCGUAAUAGCCAAGUGCGAUGAGCUAAAGCAUUCUUUAUCAGAGAAUGAAUCAGAGACGGAGAAGCACAAGAAGCAAGUUUCACAAGUGAAGAGUGAGAUGAAGAAGAAAGAAGAAGCAAUAGCUAAUCUCGAAAAGAAGCUGAAGGAAAGCAGAACCACACUAAACAACUUAACCAAAACCGGUCAAAGAAACAACAACAACAACAACAAAGGAGCUCAUGGCGCAUCUAAAGAAGUUUCGGUUAUGAAAGAUAAAAUAAAACUUCUCGAGGGACAAAUCAAACUGAAGGAAACUGCUCUUGAAGCUUCCUCAAACAUGUUCAUCGAAAAGGAGAAGAAUCUGAAGAACAGAAUCGAGGAACUGGAAACUGAACUCGACCUACUCAGUCAGAAUAGCCAAGAGAUCAGUGACAAUGGUAAAGAGAACGAAGAAAUCCGAGUUCUGGUAGCGGAAAUGGCGUCUUUGAGAGAAUGUAAUGAAUCGAUGGAGAUGGAGCUGAAGGAGAUGCAAGAGAGAUACUCAGAGAUAAGUUUGAGAUUUGCAGAAGUCGAAGGUGAGAGACAACAGCUUGUCAUGACAGUACGUAAUCUUAAAAACGCCAAGAGGAGCUAAACCGGUAUCAUCAGAACCGGCUAUCUGAAAAAAAAACAAAGGAAGAUAUAGUAAAAAUUGUGUAACACAUUUGAGAUUUUCCCUCCUGUUUUUUAUAUAUAAAUCUUUUUGGAUUUUACAUGUUAUAAUAUCUAUUUCUUGUCUUGGUAAAUCUGUGUUUCUCGCUUUAAUUAGUUACGAUAGAAAUGCUGUAUCCGAUCAGAACACUUGGUCCGGUUUCUGGUUAACCGAUCGGAUCCGGAAUAAACCGUAAGUCAGUCCGGUUUAUAAAUCCAAGAGUGUCGAGUG